UCAAAGGUCCCCAAAGUUUGCGAUCAACUGACUGCCGCUUCCGCUAUAAUUCCACAUCGGCAAUCGCUCUGCAGGAUUGCCCGUCGCCGGAAGGGGGAAAAUGAAGCACGUGAAUUCAAUCGCCGAUAAGAUCUUCCGGCUUCUAAUCGAGACUAGGAAUUAUAGGAGAACCAUGACAUCACUGUCGUCCGGCGAACGAUACAAAUCAGUGCCCAGAGAAAGGGUGGACGUUGUGGUAGUAGGGGCAGGCAUAGUGGGCAUAGCGGUGGCGCGAGAACUGGCCGUGAAGCAUGGCAGAGAUGUCCUGGUAAUCGACUCUGCGCCCACUUUCGGUACCGGCACUAGCUCCCGCAACAGUGAGGUCAUCCAUGCUGGCAUCUACUACCCUCCAAAUUCUCUCAAGGCAAGAUUUUGUGUCAGAGGGAAAGAGCUGCUGUACAAGUACUGCAAGGAUCAUGAAGUUCCUCAUAGGGAGAUUGGGAAGCUUAUUGUUGCUACUGGAUCUUCUGAGAUCCCAAAGUUGAGUGCUCUGAUGACUAGAGGAAUUGAGAAUGGGGUUGAUGGUCUCAGAAUGAUUGAGGCUUAUGAGGCUAGAAGAUUAGAACCAGAACUGCAGUGUAUUAAAGCUUUAUGGUCACCUACAUCAGGAAUAGUUGAUACCCAUUCCCUAAUGCUGUCACUAGUGGGGGAAGCUGAAAGUCAUGGUACAACUUUCACUUACAAUACUGCUGUUAUUGGUGGCCAUCUUGAUGGAAAUCAAAUUCAUAUUCACGUUUCUGAAAGCAGCACUCUUACAAACCGGCAAAUAAAUUCUCCACUCUACCCAGAUCUUAUACUUAUUCCCAGAUUGGUAGUGAACUCUGCAGGCCUGAGUGCAACAGCUGUGGCAAAGCAAUUCAGUGGCCUUAAUAGUGGAGUGAUUCCCGAUGCCUAUUAUGCCCGUGGUUGCUAUUUUACUCUCUCAAACGCCAGGACUCCUUUCACACAUUUGAUUUAUCCCAUACCUGAAGUUGGUGGUCUUGGUGUGCAUGUAACUCUGGAUUUAAAUGGUCGAGUCAAGUUUGGCCCUGAUGUUGAAUGGAUAGAAGGCAUUGAUGAUGUUUCAAACUUCCUAAAUAUGUUUGAUUAUUCUGUAUGUGAAGACCGUGCAAAGCUAUUUUACCCAGCAAUAAGGAAAUAUUAUCCUGGCCUGAAGGAUGGAUCUCUUGAGCCUGGUUAUGCUGGAAUUCGACCCAAACUUUCUGGGCCAGAAGUAGGGUUUACCGAUUUUGUAGUGCAGGGAGAGAACAUUCAUGGCAUAUCUGGCCUUGUGAACCUAUUUGGUAUAGAAUCACCAGGCCUUACUUCAAGCAUGGCAAUUGCAGAGCAUGUUGCUGCUAAACUGUUAACCUCAUGAUUCUACUUGAAGUUUUUACUUCUGAACACUGGUUUUAAUUUGGGGGUUGUUUCUUAGCAGUAAUACUACACGUACUCUCACUUUUUACUCCAUUUUAUAUUCCCUGCUUACAUGGCAUACUUUGAUUCAUUCAAAAAAAAAUGUGAGCCACUA